AAACAGGGGCAGCGACCUGCACCCCUAGAGACCGGGGCCCCAGGGCUUCUGGAGGACGAGGCUUCCAAUGCCAAAUAUUGGGGGGCUCAGGAUAGUGGGAAGUAACUCCAGAUAUCGGGGUGCAGCAGAGAGAGGGUCCACAGGUAUGGGGGUGGGCUGCACAGAGUAUUGGGGUGCCAGCUGAUCUCGGGCCCCGUCCUCUUCUCAGGCCAUGAUGCCGCCGAUCUCUGUCCAUGCGCCGCACACGGCUCCCUCCUCAGCCGCCUCUCCCUCCGGCCUCUCACCCCCGUGCGUCCCCGGCUCUCGCCUGCAGGAAAGGCCGCGCACCGAGCACGCCGCGGGGAUCAAGGCCGCAAACACAGCCGGGCGGGAGUCAAAAGUCCUAGACCGGAGGAGAGUGCAAGGUUUCCCGGCAAGAUCGCAGCACUGCGGCCUCCGGCUGCUCGGCUCCUCCUCCCCUCCACAACACGGAGCGGAAAUGGCGCAAACUCAUCCACUUCCUCCAGUCACAACUGUAACAUGGGCAGGGGGCGGAGAGGACACCCCCCGCGAUGAGGAGGACAACACACGGCCUGGCACACAGCAGAAAAUGGCGCUGAUGUGGCUCCAGGUUGGACAAUGCGGCAACCAGAUCGGACAGGAAUGGUGGCAGCUCCUCAGCAGCAAUGUCGCCGACGCUGACCGGUAUCCAUAUUUCUCCCGCGAUGGACUCAUUAAUGCUAUCUGUGUGGACACAGAACCCAAGGUGAUCCGGAAACUGCGCCAGCAAGUGAAGAAAGGAUACUUCAGGGAGGCCAAUAUCAUUGUGGGACAGCGAGGAAGAGGAAACAACUGGGCGUAUGGAUAUCGAGGGAUAUUGACCAGUGGAGAGCAGAGUCUGCUGGGCCGGACCAUGGAGGCUUUCCGGAAGGAGGUGGAGCGGCGGGACUGUUACAGCGGCACGGUGAUCCUGCACAGCCUGUGUGGUGGCACCGGCUCCGGUAUGGGCUCCCGGUUGUGUGAGGAGAUCAGAGAAGAGUAUCCCGCUGGGUAUAUACUGUCUGUGACUGCAGCCCCCCAUCAGACGGGUGACUCCCCGCUCCAGCAUUAUAACUCGCUGCUCUGCCUGGCCUGGAUGCAAAGGUUCUGUGAUGGGGUCCUUCUCUUCCAGAAUGAUGAGGUGAUGAAGAGAGCGGCCUCUUUAGUGGAGAAGAAGACAUUCACUACAUCGGGGCUUCAGCCUUCGGUCUCCCUCACCUCCAUGAACGCACACAUUGCUUCCUGUCUGGCGGGGCUCCUCUGUCCUGUGUAUUCACUGAAGACCAGGAGUUCGGUGAGUGUCGGCCUGGAGCCCUGGGAGCUGAUCCGCUGCCUGUGUCCAAUGUCCUCCAUGAAGUUCCUCCACACGUCUCAGGUCUGCAGGAGGGGAACGGCCUCGUGGGACAAAGUGACCAGUGCCGUGGUGCAGACCAUCCCCCGAGCCGAUCCGAACGGCCAUCUUCAUCACAGCCUGUCCGCCCUGGCGGUGGCUCGUAACUCUCAGGACUACUCCUUCCUGCUGUCCCGGGACUCGGUGCUGACGAAGCUGCGGCAGGCGUACCGCUGCGUGUCCUGGAACCCCUCCGCCAUCCACUGCUGGACAGACCCCGAGAAUAUUCUGGACCCCUCGUGUUACAGCCAUUCCCUGACCGUCUGCGCCAAUCACUCCAGCGCAGCGGACCUGAUGAGCAGCGUCGUGUCCAAGGCUCGGACCAUGUACGACGCGGGCGCCUAUCUGCACUGGUACCGGCGCUACGGCUGCGAGGACGACCAUUUCCAGAUGUCCUUUGAUAUCCUGAACUCAGUGGUGGAUGAAUACAGGGGUCUGGGGGUCCCAUGAUCAGCGGGAACCCGCAGAUAAUUAGUGAGACGGAGCAGCCAUGACUAUGACACGUAUGUGACCUCAUCACACGCCUGACGCCGGAUGUCAGCGCGCCAGUAAAUAGGAGUCUCCCUCCAUUUCUUAGUUAUAUCCGUUACUGGGAAAGCUGGGUGACAUCCAGUAUGGCCGGCCAUAGACUGGAGCUCGUGAUCGGCGGGGGUCCCAGUGGACUUUAACCCCUUAAAGACCUCCUCACUCCGUUCACAUAGCCACAUGAGGGCUUCUGUUUUUAAGGGAUAAGUUGUAUUUUUGUAUGGCAACAUUUAAUUUACCAUGUUUGGUAUCGGAAAACGGGAAAAAAUGUUGUGGGGAGAAAUUGAAAAAAAAAAAAAAAAAACACAAUUCCAACAAGGUUUUUUGGAUAUUGAUAUUACAGCGACAUGACGUCCUUAUUCUUUGGGUCAGUACGAUUAUGGCAAUACCAGAUUUUAGCUUUUUUUUACUACUUUUAGAAAAAUAAAAACUUUG